AGUCUGCGCUGUAGUUCAUCAGUUGCUCUGCACUCAACGAGAGCUGACGAUCGAUUGCUUUGGUCUUCCGUUCGUCGGUAACCAGGAAGUAAUUGUGUACAGUUUCACAUGUCCACAGCUACUUUAGGCUGAAACAAAAAUGAGCACCACACAGAACGGGGCGGAAUUUGAAGCUAUUUCUGUGCACAGCUUUACAGAGAAGAUUUUGGAGCAGGUCGUACACUUUCACGUGAUGAAGUUCAGCGGCGGGUUUUUCCUCUGGGUCGGUUCUGCUCCGGUUCUGUCCAACCUGGCGGUGUCUAUGAGCAGCAGAUAUGAUUCAAUGCCUUUGUCUACGUUAGUGUUGGGGGACCCAUCCAACACAGCUCCAAAUUCUUUGGCACAGAGAUUAGCAAAGAAAACCAACAAGCAAGUGUUUGCAAGUUACAGUCUUCCAAUGACGGACUCUAAUCUCAGUCUUUUGGUGGAGAACAGAAUCAAAAAGGAGCUGGAGCUUCACCCUGAGCACUUUUAGAUACAUCUGGCCCUUGUUGGCCUGUGGAACAUACAGCAGCAGAUCUUUUUUUCUGUUCAUUGCACUUGGAAUUAAAGUUCAACAAUUUGAGUAAAA